CGUAGCAAGGUCUUCAACGAGGGAAGCUCGGGAGCUCUUCUUCGGUCGAUACAGAUUGUCCAUAUACCUGCAAUUCCAGUAGAAUAAUCAAUACAGUUAUAUAUACUCAUCAAGAAGUGUAGCACGAACACCUGGGCCUAAAAAACCGGAUGAAAAGAGAGCCAUUAUGGCGAGCUAUCAGAAGCAAGUGACAUUAGAGUUCACUGACCUCUUUCUCACUAUCAACAAAAGGGAUGUUCUCUGUGGAGUGUCUGGGACGGCAAAACCCGGUCAACUGAUGGCAGUUAUGGGACCGAGCGGCGCAGGGAAGACUCUUCUGCUAACUUGUUUGGCUGGACGACAGAGGGCGCUAGAAUCUGGAGGUAUUUUCCUGAAUGGCCAACCCAUCAGCAAACGUUUAAGAAGACAAAUCAGUUUCGUGUUACAGGAAGACUUGUUCCUCAGUGAACUCACUUUGAGGGAAACCUUUAAGUUCACAGCAGAUCUGAGAUUACCCAGCCGAUUGACAGGUGAGGAGAAAAAGCAGAAGAUUCGAAGCAUCGUCGAAACUCUUGACUUACACAAGUGUCUCGAUACUAAGAUGGGUGAUUCGCUGAAUCGUGGACUAUCGGGAGGAGAGAAGAAGAGAGCUAACAUUGGAUGUGAGCUUCUCACUGAUCCCUCUAUACUGCUUCUAGAUGAGCCUACAUCUGGACUAGACUCCCGGACAGCCUAUGAGCUGCUAAAGACGUUGAAAGAAUACGCCGUUUCUUCCGGAAAGACUGUAAUCACAUCUAUUCACCAGCCUUCCAGUCGAGUGUUUCAACUUUUUGAUUGUUUACUUCUGCUCUCUGAGGGGCAGGUUGUAUACUCCGGAGAUGCUGACCAGGUGGUUGAUUACUUUGCUCGGUUAGGACUCCAAUGCCCGCCGCACUAUAAUCCAGCCGACUAUAUAUUGGAUAUAGUGAAAGGGACCGAAGAGGAACGGGAGAAGAUCCACACCGCAGCUAAGGCGCAGUCAUGGAAUCAUCACUACCGCGGAGAGCACACACCCACCUUUGUCCAAAAAACGUUUGAAUCGAUGGCGGAAAAUGAAAUGAGAGAGCCACGUGGGAGCAUUAAUCGCGCUUUAUCGGUUGGGAGCUUGCAGAACGGCAGCUUUGACAAUUCCGUCUUCGUCGACUGCGUCAUUGACGAGGCUGAUGACCAAGUGAGAAGCCCAUCUGCAGGCCACGUGACCACUAACAGUUCACACACCAAUGGUAACUCGUCGCAAAACAACUGCGUCAUGGCAUCCCUCAAUACAUCGGUAUGCCGUGAUCUACAAGCCAAAACAACCAAGGAAAGUCAGAAGUUUCACGCUGACCCGUACGCAAACGCAGAUAAAUGGCCGACGGGAUAUUUCCACCAGCUCCUUACGUUGACCCACAGGAACUUUAAACAGAACCGAUAUUUGGUUCUUUCCAAGCUUGAUAUCUCAAAGCAUAUAAUGAUGGCGUGUGUUACGGGGGCACUGUGGUUCCAAGUAACGUUCGCAGAGGAAAAUAUCAGAGAUAUUUCCGGAUUGAUGUUCUUCAUGUCUGCCUACUGGGGAUUUGAAUCGAUUUACAGCAGCCUGACAUCGUUUCAACUUGAACGCGCUGUGUUGGCCAAGGAACGUGCGGCUGGUGCCUACAGACUAUCGGUUUAUUUCAUGUCAAAGGUCAUUGGAGUACUUCCUCUGUUUUCCACAUUGACUAUAGUCUCCGUGACUAUUACGUUUUGGAUGGCUGGGCUUCAUAAAUCCGUCUUAGUAUUCUUCUGUUACGUUGCGACUCUUCUACUUAACGUGCAGGCCGGGCAGGCUAUUGGACGGUUUAUCAGCGCAGCUUGCUCAAAUAUACGACAAGCAAUCACAACCUCUGCUUUGACUAUGCUGACCUCUAUGCUUCUAGGGGGCUUCUAUGUACAGAAUUUACCCAUAUUCCUCUUCUGGUUGCGAUAUAUCAGCUUCACUUCAUACGUGUAUAGAGCUCUUCUCUCUACUGUCUUUGUCUUGGUUCCACAAACUAUUAGCUGUAACACGACAGUCAUCUCGGAGUUUGGAGAUUGUCUUUCAUUGAGCAAAGCAGACGACAUCAGUACCAACAUGAGCGCAAUAUCGGGCGCUAUCGUAUCGAAUUCCACGUCGAUCACAAGUACGCGUGGAAUUUUAAAUGAAGCACAGAUCGUCGAGGUCUUGCUGAAUUUCAGUUUUCCUAUUUGGGGCUCCUACAUGGCACUUGUCGGAUUCACUGUCACGUUCAACUUUCUGGCGUAUUUGAUGCUUAGAUUCCGCAGACCACAGCUGUGACCUGGAUCCGUUACAUGGCACUGUAAUGAGUAUGAACUAACGACUUAAUAAGAUAUAAUUUCUGUUUCUAUAUAUAACCUUGUAUCACUGUAUGAUAUAACGUUUUUAUACGCCUUCAAAUGACUUUGGAUAUUAUUGCCCCGGUUUUAUCGCUCAGUAUACAGUGAAUAAAUCCUACCAGGUACCUAUUUACUACACCUUGGUCGAGUGCGGCAAAUGUAGACUCCUGAACGAUAUGAUCAUGACAGGAGAAACCAUUGUGGUCGUGUCGCGGUCAUCAUCAUCAGAUUCGUCGUCGUUGUCGUUCAAUGAUCACUGACCAUCGUAUCAGCAGUGGCAGUUAUCCACUACUUGACCAAUCGAGGAAUGACGGGUCUGGAGAUCAAUGAACAACAAAAACGCUGAGCUCUGGUCAGAUCCUUGCGUUUGUCACACUGUCUGGAAGCAAGCGCAAAGAUUGAUCAUGUCCUACAUACAAAUCGAUGAUAUAAGAUUUUAGAAUCAUUAACAUGAUAAAGAAUUGACUCAUUGUUAUUGAAAAGCAUAUAUUACACCCUUCCCCCUAAUUAAUGCUUUUCAUUGUUAGCGAUAUUUCGUGUUAUUGUUCUGCUAUGCAAACUUGUUUGAUGGACUCUCCUUCACAUAGCCCCUUAUUCACUAUCAAACAUAUCGGUAUAGUUGCUUUCGUGUUUAAGCUUGCAAGCAUUCAACGCGUAUUAUUCAAACCGCAAUAGUAACUUGUAAUAAUUUUAUAUCCUAUGUAUAUACAUGUAUGUUUACAAAUCCUUGCGUAUGUAUACAUGUAUACCAAUUUUGGUAUUCUUUAUCACGCAGAUUGAGCAAAGAUCGUCUUCCAACUUUAUUAAAUGAACAUCCGAAACAAUAUGAGGUUCAUUAUGAAAAAAAACAUCUGAAUAAUCAUGAUUGUAUACACAUAAUCUAAAAAUUCUAUACGUGUUAUAAAAUAUUUUAAUAAUAUGCAAGAGUAUUUUUCUUGAAAAUAUUCGCAUUUAUAUUUCGAGGAUACCAAAGAAUAUGUAUAUAUUAUAUUUAUUCUAAUUUGUAUUUUGUUUUGUUGUCUUUGUUGAGUUUGUAUAUUCAUGAUUAAAUAUUGAUGUUAACAAACCGGG